AUGUCCGUGUAUCAGCUCAUGUUUGUUUUCGGGAAGUCUGGUUCAUACUUGCUUGACCACCCCAAGAAAUGUACCAGACGCAACAUGCCCCAGGCGUUAAUACGAUCAAUCAACAAGAACCCCGUGCAAGAGGUACAAUCGCUAGCUCUUGAUGCUAACGAUAACUACUUCCUACGGUGGACUGACGAAUCCGAUUCGAGCUGGUACAGUUACAUUGGGUUGAAAACACACUACCCGGCUUUGGUUGAGUUCUUUGAUGAACAUGACGAGCACACUUCUACCGUGACAUUUGGUCCAACGAUUGGUGAUUUCUUUGUCUUCAACCAAAAGACCUGGCAGUACGAAGGAAGGGGUUUGAACUUGCCAGAUUGGCUCAGCGAUGACAAUCGACAGAUUAAACAAGUCGCACUUGGUAUGAAUGGGGCACAUUGUAUUCUUUUCACAAAUGGUGAAUGGACGGUGGCAUGUGAGAACAACUACCCCGAGCUGUAUGAUAUACUCAACGAUCAUGAGAGAGGUGACGUUGUGUUUGUCGCCAUGAACCCCAACCGCAAGAACGAAUUCUUCCUUGCUCUAGCUGACAACACAAUUCAUGUCCAAGCAAGUGCCAUUUGCGAGGCUGAUAUAGUUGACGUCUUAUCAGCCUACGAGGAGCUAGAAAUCAUCACAAGCCACGUCUCCAACUUUUCGCACAACUUGACCGAGAAACCAAAGCUGCCACAAUCCGCAAGGAAAGGAGCAUUUCUGAAAGGGAUUGCGACAUCUGUCGGAAAAGGAGUUCUCUCAAUCCAUGAGAUAGAUGGAGAUUCGGCUAUGACGGACAUCGAGGUUUUCACUUUCGAUUCGGAAAGCGCCGGGAAGACCUUUGUGGUAGACUUUGAUGUCGUUGAUGCAAGUUGGCUCUUAGGGACUAAGCGGGGGAUUCAUAUUGAAGGCUAUGAUGAAGUAGUGGUAUUAUUAGAGUUUCGGUUGCAUUGA